CCUGGUUCUUCUUCCGGCGCGCGAGGCGGGGCGCGUGGCGGCCGUCCCGUGCCGGGGCUGAGAGAGGGCGGCCGGACGGACGGACGGACGGACGGGGCUGAGGCGCGGUGCCCCCCUCCUCCUGUCCUCCGGUCCCCCGGUCCCCCGGUCCCCGUGUCCCCCCGGGCCGUCAUGAAGCGCCGGGCGUCCCGAGGUUGCGGGUCGGCGGGGGCCCUGAAGCGGAUGCGCCGGGCGGUGGAGGAGCUGGUGCAGGGGGCGGCCGCCGGGGAGCCGCCCACCGCCCCGCCGGACGGAGAGAGAGCAGGACGGGGAGGCCGCAGCGCCAAGAAGAGCCGCCGGGAGCUGAGGCGGGAGAAGCGGCGAGCGCGGAAAGGCCGUCGGCUGCAGAGGACCGGGGGCCCGGGGCGGGGGACGGCACCGGGACCGGCCGGGGGCGGCGGGGGCCGCGCUGGGGUCGCCAAGAAGGGGGAAGGGAAGAGGCCUGACCCGCCGCCUCCUCCUCCGCCGCCGCCGCCGCCGCCUCGUCGUCGUCCUUCUUCUCCCCGCCCCCGGGCCGGAGCGCGGGGCCCCGAGCCGUCCCCGUCCCCGUCCCCGACCCCGUCCCCCGCCUCGGCCGCCCGGAGACGAGCCCUGCUGGCGGCCAACGAGGCGGAGGAGCGGGAGAUCCGGCUCCUGGAGCGACGCCUCGGCCUCCGCCGCCGCAGGAAGAAGAAGGACCGCCCCGGCCCCGCCGCCGUCGCCGCCCCCGCGCCUCUGCCCCGCAGCUUCGUCCGCGACGGGCUCGGAUACCUGCUGGACGUCCUGGGCCCGGCCGGGGGCUCGGCCCUCGCCGGGGACACCCACAGCGACCACCACCCGCUCGGGGACGAUGAGGAUGAUGAAGGCGACCGGGGCGACGAGGACCCUCUCCUCAGGGACGAUGAGGAGGAGGAUGAGGAGGAGGGCGACGAAGCCCCUCUCCUCAGGGACGAUGAGGAUGAGGAGGGCGACGAGGCCCCUCUCCUCAGGGACGAUGAGGAUGAAGGCGACCAAGACGACGACAGCGACGAGGCCUCUCUCCUCAGAGACGAUGAUGAUGAUGAUGAUGAUGAUGAUGAAGGCGACCAAGACGACGAGCCGGGGGACCCUCCCCCCGAAGAGGCCCGCACAGAUGCCCCUGCCGAGGAUGACGACGACGCUCCCUCCGAGGUUGUGGGUGAAAGCGUUACAAAAUAUAUCCCACCUCAUGUAAGGCGAUCAGAAGAAACGGUGGAUGCCAGAAAAAGGGAAGAACUAGAAAGGUUGAAGAAAAAUGUGAAAGGCUUAAUCAACAGAUUGAGCGAACCAAAUAUAGCCUCUAUAAGUGGGCAGCUGGAAGAACUCUACAUGGCAAACAGUAGAAAGGACAUGAACGACACCCUUACAGGCGUUCUUAUGAAUGCCUGUGUUACCGAAGCACUAAUGCCCGCCCGGCUGAUGAUGGAGCACGUUCUCCUGGUUAGCAUUCUUCAUCAUACGGUGGGAAUUGAGGUUGGGGCUCACUUUCUGGAAGCGGUGGUGAGAAAGUUCGAUGAAGUGUAUAAGAACCGCAGCGAGGGAAAAGAAUGCGAUAACGCCUUUUCCCUGAUCGCCCAUCUGUACAACUUCCAUGUAGUGCACUCCCUCCUCAUCUUUGACAUUCUGAAGAAACUUAUUGCAACUUUCACAGAGAAAGACAUCGAGCUGAUUCUGCUGCUGCUGAAAAAUGUGGGCUUCGCCUUGAGGAAAGAUGAUGCUUUGGCCCUGAAGGAGCUAAUCAGCGAAGCUCAGGCCAGAGCGAAUGGAGUGGGCAACAAGUUUCAAGACCAGACCAGGGUUCGGUUUAUGAUAGAGACCAUGUUGGCACUAAAGAAUAAUGACAUGAGGAAAAUCCCAGGCUAUGACCCUGAGCCUAUUGAGAAAUUGAGGAAACUACAAAGAACACUGGUGCGCAACAGUGGCUCUGGCAAGGAAACCCAGUUGCGCGUCUCAUGGGACAGCCUCUUGAACGCAGAGCAGAUCGGCCGCUGGUGGAUCGUAGGCUCGUCUUGGAGUGGAGCGCCAAUGAUUGCCAACAGCAACCCUAGUGACCAACAGAAGCAGCACGUGGGAACGGUCAGUUCAAAGAUACUUGAGCUUGCACGGAAGCAGAGAAUGAAUACUGAUGUUAGGAGAAGCAUUUUUUGUACAUUGAUGAUCAGUGAGGACUUUCUAGAUGCAUUUGAAAAGCUUCUGAAGCUUGGACUUAAGGAUCAACAGGAAAGAGAGAUCGUUCACGUUCUCCUUGAUUGCUGCUUGCAGGAGAAGAAAUAUAAUCCUUUUUAUGCAUAUUUGGCUGGAAAGUUUUGUAACUAUGAUAGGAAAUUUCAGAUGACAUUCCAGUUCAGCAUGUGGGAUAAAUUCCGAGAUCUAGAAAACCUGACUGCCAAUACGGUCUCCAACUUGGUUCAUCUGUUGGUCCACUUGCUAAAGACCAAAUCACUCCCCUUAUCCAUAUUUAAGGUAAUUGAAUUCAGUGAGCUAAACAAGCAGAAAGUUGACUUCUUAAGAAAAAUAUUGUAUAGGUUAUUAAUGGAAACUGAAGUUGAAGAACUUACUUCAAUCUUUACAAAGAUGUAUGAUAACCCAAAGCUGGGAAUGUUGAGCGAGGGCCUGAAGCUUUUUAUUAACCACUUCCUCUUGAAGAACGCCCAGGCCCACAAAAGCACCGAAGAAAUAACUGCCCUAAAAGAAAAAGCCGACCUCGUGUUACGGCCCAGCCGAAGGCAGAAACAUUACUCGGCUGCCUUCUGAGGGACAUCGCUGGCUUAUAUUUAUUUUUACGGCCUUGCACAGCCCAGCAGAAAAGACCCCGGCAGCAGGAGCACGUGCCCUUGGCCUGCAACCACCAAAUAGCUGAGCUCCCUCGCCAGUAACCUGGGCCGCCCCCAGCGCUGCAUCAUCAUCCUCAGGCCUCCAUCCCUACCUGGCGGGAAGGGCAGGAACAGCGAUGAGGCGAGCAUUGGGAAGGCUUGGUGGUCACUGUGGCCACGAUCGUGACUAUUGGACUCUGUUCCUCUAGCCAAAGCACCCUACAGCUUUUUGGAUUGUAUCUUUUGUAUUUAUUCCCGUCCUCAUCUUUUACGUUGUCCUAGCAUCCUGAUUGUUUCAUCUUUCGUAAUCUUUCGUUACUACAUCAGUCUCCGGCCCCCUCUUCCACCUUUUAUUCUUAGAUUGUGAGCCCCUGAGGGCCAGGGAACAUGUCUGAUUCCCAUCCGUGAAUUCUUUCCCAGUGCUUAGUUCAGUGCUUUGCAUCCAGGUACCCCUUAAAUAUAAAACUACUACUACUGCUCCUACAUGGUGUGGGGCACAAGAAGAGCAUAAAUGGAGAGUCAGAGGUUGAGAUACUAAGCACUAGAGGCAAAAAGUGAAUGUGUUAGCCUCAGGAACACUUUUUAAGAAUCUUUUAUUUAAAAUGUGGUUUUUGAGGUAAAUAUUUUUUCUGUCAUACGACUGGUGUGAUUUCUACCAUUUUAAUAUUUGAGAAAUAUUUUUAUAGGUGUAAUAUUGUAGAAAAAUGCAUUUGUAAAAUAGACCACUAGGUGGUGCAGCCACUAUAAAAUGGAAUGUAAUUUCACUAGAAAGUGAUCAACAUUUAGUAUAAACAUUUCUUCCCAGAAACUGCUUGACUUUGUUCUUAAAUUAAUUGUUUUGGCCAAAGGUCCCAUUACAAAGUACUCUGCUAUUA